UUUUUUAAAAAAAAUUAAUAAAAGAAACAAGAGAAAAAGAAGUAACCAGUUUGCGUUUCUCCUUCUCUCCGUUUCAUUCAUUCCUUUCGCCAUCGACCACCGCAGCACCGCUCUCAAAUCCGCUCUCAAAUCUCUCUAUUUCUCAUUCUCUCAGUCUCAGGCCGCUCUCCGCCGCCGCUCUCAGCCUCUCUCUCUCGCAGUCGCAGCGCAGACAGGCUCCAAUAUAAUCCUGGCUCCGCCACUGGGCACACCUUAGGAUUGAUCAGACGGUCUAUAAAAUUUUAAGGCAGGGGGAGACUUUCGCGGAUUAAACUCGGACAAUCUGUAUUCUUUCUUUUGUUCGACCCAUUCUAACUUCUCACCGUUCCGCCGCCUUGUGCUGCCGUUGUCCUCUCGGCGCUAGUAUUCAGUUCACCACGGCUAUUGUCCCCUUCGCCGUCAUCUUUUACAAUGGUAGAACUUGAUUGCUAUUUCCCUUAAUGCUCAGUUGAAAUGCAUAGGUUUGUUUGUUGAGUUUUGCUGCUGUUACUGGUUUUGUUUUAUUUUCUGUUUUGAUGUUCCUGUCAUGUUUAGCCUUGAAGAAUUGUGAUUCUCAGAUCUGGUCUAGAAUUAAAGAAGAAUUGAAAUAGGAAGACAGUGGUAACAGUGGUGAUCGGAACAACGACAAACGACGGCGGCGAGUAAAAAGCAUACAUAUUUUUCUCUUACAUGUGGCAUGAUCACGAGCGUUCAAUCGAUCGGACGGACUUGAUUGGGCCAAAGGCAGCUGCCUUUCCCGCCCAAAAAUCACACAAUCCCUGUCCCAACCCCUAACGUGUCAAUCUACCAGCUUCUCUUUUUAACUCUUUCCUGGUAAACCCAAAACAUCUUCAUCUUCAUCUUCAUCUUCUCAUCCCUCUCAAAAUCCCAAAAACUAUGAAUCGUGUAUUAUCAUCAUCAUUUUACAAACACUGUAACAGAGCAAUUCACCAAACCAUACCAAAGCACCGAAACGAAACCCAACUCCAAACCGCCGGUCCGGUAGCUUCUCUCAUAAAAUCCCGCUCCGUCAUACGAUUCCGAGGACCCGACACCGUCAAAUUCCUUCAGGGACUAUUAACCAACGAUAUACGCAAAUUUGGUGAACCUAUUGGCGAUAAAACUGCCAAUUUUCCUACACCCAAUGUUCCCACUACUUCUGUUACUCCUAUCUAUGCUGCCUUGUUAACACCUCAAGGUAGAUUCCUCUACGACCUCUUUCUCUAUAAACCGCCAAACUCUGAUACUAAACUUGAUACUACCGGUACUGGACCUGCUUCUGAUCCGAAUCAACCCUUUGAAUUGUUUGCUGAUGUUGAUGCUUCUGUUUUGGAUGAAUUGUUGGCAACGUUUACCAAGUACCGGUUGAGGUCGAAGGUUGAAAUUGAUAAUGUUGCUAGCGAAUUCUCAUGUUGGCAGCGUUAUGGUUCUGGCCCUUCUGCCAAUUCCUCGGAUGUAGAAGAACCAGAAGCAGCGUCUGUUGGGUGGGGAGCUGGUGAGGAUGGUGCUGCAAUGUCGUCCUCUAGUGAGGGUAAUCUUGGAUGGCAAUGGUUUAAGGAUCCCAGAUUGGCCUGUCUUGGUUUCAGAGGGAUCUUUCCAUCAAAUAUCAUUCCACCUCUAAUUGAGGCUGACAAAGAGACUGAUGAACAGAAUUACCUUAUGUGGAGAAUAGAGAAGGGAGUAGCAGAAGGAUCAAUUGAGAUUCCAAAAGGUGAAGCAAUGCCACUUGAGUAUAAUCUAGUUGGCCUUAAUGCAAUCAGCUUUGACAAAGGUUGCUAUGUCGGGCAGGAACUCAUAGCACGUACACACCACAGAGGGGUGAUUCGGAAGCGAUUAGUUCCUCUAAGGUUUCAAGAUAAUGAUGGGAAAGAAGUCAUAGACAAAGUCAUUCCUGGCUCCGAAGUAGUAAACAGAGAAUCUGGGAAAAAAGCUGGUUUAGUGACUACUGCUCUGGGAUGUCGUGGGUUGGGGCUCUUGCGGCUGGAGGAAGCUUUAAAAGGUUCCACUGCUUUGUCCAUUCAAGGACAAGAGGAUGUGAAGGUUGUCGCUAGUAAACCAGAUUGGUGGCCUUCUGAUUGGCUUCAAGAUCUUCAACAGCACACUGCUUUUGCAUAGGAUGCUCAAUCUCAUUCAAAAGACAAGUAUCUUUUAACAAGUAAGUGGAUAAGGAAACUGUGACGGCGACGGUAGUGGAUUUUCUUGCUGAGUGAGUUAUGGAAACGACAGUUAAGUCAUAUUUCCUCCUUAGAAACCUUAAUGUAGAACAAUUUUGUUUUCGUUAGAAAAGAAUCAUUAUGUAUUUUAUUAUAAAUUUGUACAAAGCCCUGCCGUCAAAUUCAUUUUGCUUGAUGAGUAGUAUAAGCUGGAAAAAUAUAACCAGUGUAAACUUAAUGGCACAGAGAGACCAUUUGUACCAGAUGAAUAAUGAAAGGCUAGAAAGUUUGGAUAUCUAUGUUCCUAAUAUCAAUGUAGUAGACAGACUUGUUACUUUAUCAAAAAAAUAAAAAGCAGUAGAUUUUUUAUUUUAA